CUAGAAUAAUAAUGGCCAAGGAAAACCAAAGCGUAGUGACAGAGUUCAUCUUACAAGGCCUCUCCUCCCAGCCAGGGACACAGACUGUUCUUUUCCUAGUGUUUCUGUUAUUUUAUCUGCUCACAAUUGUUGGUAACAUCAUGGUCAUUGCAGUGAUCAGAGCUGAUUGCCAGCUGCAGUCACCCAUGUACUUUUUCCUUGCCAACCUGUCCUUCUUAGACAUCUGCUACGUCUCCAGCAACAUUCCCCAGAUGUUGGUGAACCUCUUGACCAAGAAGGGGACCAUCUCCUUCUCUAGAUGUGCUGCUCAAAUGUAUUUCUCUCUGGCUUUUGGCAUGACAGAGUGUUUCCUGCUUGGGGUCAUGGCCUAUGAUCGAUAUAUGGCAAUAUGUCACCCCUUGCUCUACAACACUGUCAUGAACCGGAAGGCUUGCAUUCACAUGGUCAUGGCUUCCUGGGCCAGCAGCCUGCUGAGCUCCAUGGUAGUCAACAGCCUCGCUUUGCAUCUACCCUUCUGUGGACCUCACACCUUGAACCAUUACUUCUGUGAAGUGCCAGCAGUGCUGGCCUUGGCCUGUGCUGACACUGCCCUCCUGGAGUUGGUCAUCUUCAUCUUCAGCAUCCUCAUUGCCUGCAUCCCCUUUCUUCUGAUCAUCAUCUCCUACUCCUACCUCCUUUCCACCAUCUUGAAGAUGCAGUCUGCACAUGUGAAAUCUAAGGCCUUUUCCACCUGUGGAUGCCACCUGAUAGCGGUAACCAUAUUCUAUGGGACAGCCAUCUGCAUGUACAUGAAUCCCAAGUCAAGGUCUCCACAGGAUAGAGGCAAAGUGGUUGCAGUGUUUUACACCAUUGUAACCCCAAUGCUGAACCCCCUCAUCUACAGCCUCAGGAACAAGGACAUGAAGCGUGCCCUGAGAAGGGCAAUGAAUAGACCCAAAUCCCUCUCUAUUUAAAGGCUUUUCAGGGAUUGGUGGUAUUGCAUUGAGCUCUGUGAGUUGAAGCAAUGCUCAAAUGUCAUUAUUUCUCUACCUGCAAUUGUCCCAGACUGAGAUGAAAUAAUAAAUGUGCUAAAUUCAACAACACCUAAACAAAAAGACCUUGCAUACACAUAACUUUCUAAACAACAUUUGGGAUUUGGCCUUAAAGCCAGAGACAAUAUCAAGACACUGUGGCUUUAGCCUGCCUCACUGGCAGUUCAUUUAAAAUACAAGUGGGAAAUGCCAAUACCAUCGUGACAAGAAAGAAGAAAAGAAGAAAGAAGAGUUAGAGAACUGUGAGAAAAAUUAAGAGCUUUAUGUAAAGUUUAAAAUGUAUUUUGCAUCUGAAGGGUUUUCUAAUUAUCUUUGGAGCGUGCAAACAUUUAAGCUAUGUUGCAAACAUGAGCUGCUACUGUGAUUUCUCUGCAAACCUGGAGAUCUCUCAGUAUCUGUUUUGUUGGUUAGCAAACA